AUGUUUCGCUUCCGAUUGGUUACAAACAAGGAAAAGUAUGGGAAGGAUUCGACAACGAUGGGAAGUAUGAAGAAAGGUCAAGGAGAUGUCGUCGACGCGUUGGGUUUGAUUUUGGACAAGUUGUUCGAUGAAGACAAAAAAGACUAUCAAGACUAUCAAUUCGAAGAUCAUAAGUUUCCGGCGACCGGGCAACUCCUGCUCCGCGCUCCACACACUACAAAGAUUCGGUCUGGACAGUUCGUAUUGAAGGCCCCUCACAACGUCAUUAUUCAAAUUGAAACUCGAAGAUUCACUGGUCGACACGAAGAACAUGAGGCGAUUCAAAUAAACGUGGAAGAAAAGAUGCAACAUUUGGACCAUGAAGAUAUACGAAAGCUCACGGAAAACUUAAAGGCGCUAGGAAAGGCUAUCAGUGAAUUUGAAGAACUUCUACUACACGAUAUUGUGAUGGACGUUGGAUUAAUCGACUCGGCUCUGCAUUGGCUUCGCACCAAGUUUUACUGGAUUUUCAUUAUCGGUGGAGCGGUGUUGGUUUCAAUCGUCGUGUUCUUUGUCUUGGCAUACUGCUGCUCCUGCUAG